AUGGAAGACUAUUUGUUUCGACAUUACGUUGAUCAGUGUCGCGUUGUCAAAGAAGAGACGAGCUAUAUCCAGGUUUUCAAUUAUUCGGAUCCGUUCUACGAUGUCUGCGAGGAACACCCCUUGCCCGAUGGUGAAUUUGACAACUUUCUUCAUCAAAGGGGUGCCUUUGCGCCGCCAGAUCAUCUGAGGUCUGGCACUAAGCUUCUCAGUGGUGUUCGAAUAAUAGUUCAAAAGAACGCCAAGCAUCCUGAUACGUUUCUCCCAAAGGUCAUAUCACUUCCGUCAGAGAGAUAUAGUUCCAUGGUUCGUACCUUGAACUUGCCACGUCGAGGAAUCGAAACGACUUCAGUAGUUGGUCCUUUUUUCUGGUCUGCUCAUGACCAGGAUGAAGAUGAUCCCCAUUUGCAAAUCGUUCACCGUAAAUCGGAUGUCCUCAAGAAGGGGAGAACAAGAGGCUGGGAGAUGCUUCUCUCGCAUUCCCUCAAGACCGGUGUCACCACCGGCUUCAUUAAAGGCACUCCCAGCUCAGAAGUUGAAAAGUCCUUGACUCAUCUCAAAGCAUGUGCUAACCAAGUUGGACAUCCCAUGCUACUCCCUAUUAUCAUCCUUACGUAUGAUCUAUCUCCCGAAAAUGACGAGAAACAGCGAAAGGCUCGGCACUGGCUUCGCCGUCUUGAAAAUGCUGUGAGUUUGCGCAAUGAAGUCGAGGAGCAGGAACAGUACUUUCAAAACGGAUUUAUCGAUAUCGAUGGUCUGAGUCGUGAUCUGGUUGAGUGCCAUGGCAAUGUCAUGUGGAAACGACCUCAAGCAUAUGAAGCACUAGCCAAAGAGAUGGAAAAGGCUAUGGAAAACUUUCGUUUUGCUUGGAUGACACUGGCUCCCGCAGCCGAGGAGCAAAUUGAGGCUGAAAGAAAGCACCGCAAAGAAAUUCAAAAAUUGCAUCGAAGUAUGGCAUCUCGUUUGGACUUUUACAAAGUUAAGCUCAAAGGCUUGGAGAAUUACAUUCAUACAACUCUUGAGAGACUUAAGGUUCAGCGGGAAGCACGUGAAGCCAGACUGAAUCUUGAAAUUGCAGGAGAGCAGAGGCGAAUAGCCCAUGCUAGCAAGCGAGACAGUACGGCUAUGAAGACACUGUCGCUCAUGGGUGCCCUGUUUUUACCCGGAACAUAUCUCGCAUCCGUGUUCAGCAUGACAUUCUUUGACUUUGGAAAAGAUGCCGACCCUGUCAUUUCUGUGGAGCUUUGGGUAUACUUUGCCAUAACGGUUCCCAUCACAGCGCUGAUAGUCGGAGCCUGGAUGUUUAUCGACAAACGUCGCCAAGCGCAGCACAAAAAGGACGACGCAGACCUGGAGAAGAACAUCGACAAGAUGGAAAAGGAGAUCAUGUUUGCCCUCAGGAAGCGGACGAUGAGUAAAGCCAAUACCUGGAAUACUGUCAGCCCACCUCCAAAGCCUUGA